AUUACAACCUGUCGCAACACGACUUUCACCAGAGCUAGGAAGUCGUGACGCUAACGUUACCUAACCUCCUUCAAUUGCUUGCAUUCGUCUUUCGCGCAUCUAGGGACGCGCCUUGCGUAGACCACUUAACCAGCUGGCUUACGGUAUGCAAGCCACAAAUGGACACAACUGUAGUGUACCUUGAAAACGGUUGCAUACAUCCCGAUUGCACCUUAACGCCACAACAAGUGCUUUUGAAACAUGCCGGUGGCGUCUACACAACAGCGCUAUUCACUCCAGAUGGCUGCGUUGUGGACUGGGACCUGCACCGGCAGCGGCUGCUCAGGGGCAUUGAGGUGCUCAACACGCGCCCCUCGCAGCCCUUCCAACCGCUGCUGUCUACCCUGCAAGCGCAGGGCUCCUCGCUUUCAGCCUUCCUGGAACAAGCAGUGGUACCGCGUGUGAGGGAGGCUCUGGGGGCUUUUUUUGGCGGCAGGAUCGGGAGCGGCCCCGGCAGCAGCUGCCCGGCCGGCAGCAGUCCUGACGCACAUCACCAGCAACAACAACAGCAGCAAGGCCAGGGCCAGGAGCAGGACAAGGACCAAGAGCAGCAGCUGCUGCAGCAGCAACAGCAGCAGCACGCCAUGUUUGUGGUGAUUAUCUCCCCGACGGGAACCGGGAAAGCAGCUGUAGUUGCAGACGCAUCAGCAACGGUAACAGGAGGCACUGAAGUCGGACUAGCGACGGCGGCGGCGACUGAGGGACCGCAGCAAGGUGCCGUGGGAGGUGCGCAGGAGCUGCCGGUCAGCGUCGCCGUGUACUGCAAAUCCGUACAACUGCAGCCGUACGGAUCUCAACAUGCCAUCCAGGCAGCCGUGUUGGGUGCCCCCAGGCCGCUACCCGUGGCCAAGGCUGCCAGUUGGGUGGCUGAGCGGCGGAGCUAUGAGGAGCGCCGACCCGCAGAGGCGGCUGAGGUGCUGCUGUCGGAUUCGGAGGGACGCAUUCUGGAAGGCCUGACCACCAACUUCUUCGUCAUCAUGACGGCGCCAGGAGCAGCUGAACCAACCGUCGCAACUACCGCAAGUACGACAAGACACGCUGCUACGGAGGACGAUGAAGGAGGAAGGACCAGCAACAGCCAAGCCCAAUCCGGCGACGCCGCAUGCGAAUCGGCGUCCUCGGUGACCGCACCAGCCUCCCAAGCCACGUUACGAGGCUGCGGCACGGAUUCGGCUGUGGCGCUGCCGGGCACAGCUGCAGCUCGUGUUGUGGAGGCGGCGCGGAGGCUGGGCUUGCGUGUGGAGCUGGAGCCGCCGAGAGCCGCCGAGCGGGCGCAGUGGAGCGAGGCGUUCGUGUGCAAUAGCGUUCGCGGCAUCCUGCCCUUGAGCCGAGUGUUCUGCCCCCAAGACAAUGCCUGGGGCGCCGACCCGUGGGACUGUCCCCUGCCUCACGCGGCCGGUCCCCACACCAGUGCACUGCUUGCGGAGAUGCGGAGGCUGCAGACACUCACACCUUGGAACCAACUUUGAUGGCCUUUCUUGGUUUCCGUGGGACCUACUUUAAUUACUUUUCUCUGCU